AUGACUAUUCUCUCACAACAGACCAACAACAAUAACAAGAAGCUUCAAGUUGCUCCUAAGAGGAGUUCUAACAAGGAUAGACACAAAAAGGUCGAUGGACGAGGUCGGAGAAUUCGCAUGCCUGCUCUCUGUGCCGCCAGGAUCUUUCAGCUUACUCGGGAAUUGGGUCACAAGACCGACGGAGAGACGGUGCAGUGGCUGUUGCAGCAGGCGGAGCCGACGAUUAUCGCCGCCACCGGCACCGGGACUAUUCCUGCCUCUGCUCUCGCCGCCGCCGCCGAGGCCUCUGUUUCCGAACAGGGAACUUCCGUUUCCGCCAGUCUCCAUGAAUUCGCCGGGAUUAGAAGCCACUGGGCGGUUAUGGGCGGUGCCAACAAUCUAAGCAGACCCCAAAUUUCCUCCGCCGCCGCCAUUAGAAGCCACUGGGCGGUUAUGGUUGGGACCUCCGGCCACCUCCUCUAG